AUGGCAAACGAAGGCGCCGGCCAGGCCCACACUGUCUUCCGAGUCCUCCAGAUCCUGACGCUGAUUCCAGCAUGGGCCCUGAUGGCCGCAGUGACUCGCAGGUACAACGGCAACAACAUCGACACCCCCGGCGGAGUCCUGACGCUCUUCAUCGUGACGCUCCUCGCCUCCGUCUGGAGCUUCUGCAUCCUGAUCGCCGUCCUCCGCGCGGGCAACACCGCCCUGUGGAUCGCCUUCUGGGACAUCGUGGCGAUGGGCGCGCUGAUCGCGGGCGUAGCGACGACCUCCAACAUCGCCAACUACGAAUGCAACGCGGUCGGGCAGAGCACGACGCAGACGGUGUUCAUCACGUCCGAUGGGCAGCGCAUAACCGCAGUCCCGACGGGCACCGCAACCGACAACAGGACGGACUUCUCGGACAACCCCAACAACUGCAAUCUGAUCAAGGCGGCGUGGGGCCUCGCCAUCGCAAACAUCAUCAUGUUCUUCAUCACCGCCAUCCUGGCCGUCGUCGUCUGCAAGCAGAACGAACAGGAGAUGGAAAAGAACCGCACCGUCGUCAUCGAGGAUGCCCCCGUCGUUGAGAAGGUCUACACCGAUCCGGCGGGCUACCCCGAGCGCCCCCGCCGUGCCAGGAGGAGCCAUGGACAUCACUCCAGGAGCUCCAGGAGCCCGAGACCGAGAUCGUACGUCUAUGACGAACGUUUAUGAGCGAAUAGCAUACCUACAUACACGUAUCGACCCACGAACGAAUAACUAUUAGGGGGGAUGGAGGUAGAAAAUGAAGUUACGAAUGAAACAUGAAAUGAUGGUUACGAAAUCAAUGUUUACGUUUUUUUCCUUUAUUCUGGCGGCGGCGUUUUCUGGGAAUUACUUCAUAAUGUGGGGGAAAGGAGGCGAUACUCGAGAUUUCUUUCGCUGUAACUACUACUCACUUGUGAUGAUCUGAUGGCUGCUUAAAAUGAUGUACUUUACGAUACCUAAAGACUUGUGUUUCUCCAUAUCAUGGCGG